AUGGUGCUUUGUUUCCUGAGCAGAACAGUGCAGCUGGCAAGACAUUCUUCUCGUGGACUGUGGAGACAACUCUCUUCAGCCGGCACAAAUAAACCACUGUUGACUUUGUUCACCAAGAAACCGUGCCCUCUAUGUGAUGAAGCCAAAGAAGUGCUUGAGCCAUAUAAGAAAAGGUUUAUUUUGCAGGAAGUGGAUAUUACCCUUCCAGAGAACUCUUCAUGGUAUGAAAAAUACAAAUAUGACAUACCUGUUUUUCAUUUAAACGGGAAGUUCUUGAUGAAGCAUCGAGUAGACAUUAAAAAGUUUGAGAACCAUCUAGCAAAGCUGGAACUGCAAAAUGAUGGAAAGCAGUGAAGAAAACACAGCUGUCCU